CUUCCGGUCGGCAUUUUGUUCUACGAGAGGAGAGCCUCUGGAUCAUCGCAACAAUCGUACUUUUUCUCAUUUUCUGUCGAAAUUGGCUCUACUUUUGGUUUAUGUCGGCGCAGACCGACUAAAACGGCGACGGACGAAUGUUUCGCCACGAAUGUACUCUGAACCAUCCAGCUCUGAGUGACGGAAGAACAACGGAUCUGUGCGACCCGGAUUAUUGUUGAUAGCUAACAGGCUAACAAGCUAACAGGCUAGCAGGCUAACAGGCUAGCGGAGCGGCUAGCUGCCAACCGAGAUCCUCCUGGAGGAGCGGGGAGAGAAGAAAGGGGGAGCUAGAGACAAACCGAGCUAAAACAUCUCCUUCUUUUGAACGCAACAUCCGAAGAUUGUGAGAGGGGGCGUUUUUCUGAGAUGUCAGUGAGUCCACCAAAGGCUGCAGAGGAUUCUUCAAAAAGGUGUUGGGAGAUGUGAGGGCGGGUGCUUCAGACCCUGAUCGACCUGUGUACGGACUCACAGCGCCACCUUCAGCAUGAAUGGGGAUAUGCCUCAUGUUCCCAUCACGACUCUCGCUGGGAUAGCUAGCCUUACUGACUUGUUGAACCAGCUCCCUCUCCCCUCUCCUCUCCCGGCCACCACCACCAAGAGCCUCCUGUACAAUGGGCGGAUCGCGGAGGAGGUGACCUGUCUGCUGGGCUGUCGGGAUGAGAGUCUGGCCUCACAGUUAGCCCAAGGUCUCAACCAGGUCUCCACAGAGCACAUAGAGUUGAAGGACAACCUGGGCAGUGAUGAGCCUGAAGGAGACGCCCCACUGCUGCUGCAGACGAUGCUGGCCAGGAACCCGGGAAUCUUCAGGGAGAAAAAUGUUAGGCAGCAGCCGAUGGUACCAUCAUACAAAAUCACCAACUCCAUGCACAGCCCGGCCCAGUCGGGAAACUUCCAGUCAUCAGCGAUUUCUCCCAAUUCAUCAAGUCGCUUCGUGGGCCCUCAGAGCGGCUCCAGUGGUCGGUUCAUCGGUCAGAACAGUCCGGUCCCCAGUCCCUACACGCCCCAAAGCCCCGCCCCCGGCUUCAUACAACCGUAUCAGCCGCCCACCUACAACCAACACCAACAGAUGCAACCAGUGUCUGUAGCGAGUCCGAUUGUUCCGGGAAACAUCAGGAACGUCCACGAAGGCAAAGGGCAGAUGACCAACGCCGCCAACCACCACUCAGACCAGCACGGCUCCGAAGACUACAUGAACAUCGUGCAUCGAUUAGGGGCCGUGGAGGGAGACUCUUCCAUGAGAAAUCCUGCUUUUCCCUUAAGGUCACCACAGUCCGGCUGUUCUCCUGCGGGGAGUGAAGGGACGCCCAAACCGGGUUCACGUCCCCCACUCAUCCUGCAGUCUCCUCCUCCCUACGUAGCGUCUCCCAGUGAGCAGAAGGCACAGCUCCUGCAGAGAAAGAAGGCGCCCACAGUAAAAGAGGAAAAGGACAUGUACGACAUCGUGAGCUCCCCCAACUCCACCAAACUCACUCUUAAACUGGCACGGGUCAAGUCCAAUGACUCAGAUCCUCCAGGUGAGGCUGUGCCAGCUGCUGACCAGAACUCGGACAACAUGGAGACCGAACUGGGUUUCCAACAGGUGCCAGUCGUUCAGCAGAAUUACGGCGCACGUCCUCAACAGCUGCAGACAGGGGGCGCCGUUCUGCAACCCCCCAGUCCUUAUGACGAAGCGGAGCUUGAUGCUCUCGCUGAAAUCGAAAGGAUAGAGCGAGAGAAUGCGAGUGAAAAAUGCUCCAAGGAAGUACAAGACAAAGACAAGCCACUGAAGAAGAGGAAACAGGACUCGUUCCCCCUGGAGCCGGGAGCAGGCGGCCCGGGCGGACCCACGGGAGCUCCGGGCAGCGGAUCCACAGGAGGGGGCAAUGCUGGGAAACUGACCCCACAAGAAGCCACAGCCGCUGGGAACGGCGCCAGUCGGCCUCCUCUAAUGGUGAGCAUCGACCUCCAGCAGGCCGGUCACGCUGACGGCCAAAUAGAUCCCUGUCUCGCUGCCCCUAUCCCAGCCCUCGAGGCCCAGCGCUGGCCCGAAGAACCAGCCAGUGAUCCUGUGGCACUGGAGGGGUCGGACACGGCCUCGCAUCUCAAACCGGGCGGGCGUCCGAAGGUAAUCAAGAACAGGGCCGACAAACACGAGCGGAGAGAAACGUCCAAGCAUCGGCAUGAUGACAGGUCUGAGGUUCCCAAACCUUCACAGCGGGACAGAGAGGCGGAGCGAGAUCGGAGGCACCGCGGCAGCACUAAACAGGACCUCAAAGCCGCUCCGUCCUCUUCGGGCCAUAAGCUUCCCGACUCAUUCCCCGCUCACCUGCUGGGAGGGCACAGUGGAGCGCUGAAGAACUUCCAGAUCCCGAAGAUCAAACAUGACAAAGACGGCAGUGGCUCUGAGGGUCACAUGUGGAGCCAGCCCAAAGUGAAGCUGGAGCGACUGGGUUUGGUGCAGGACUUUGAGAAGAGGCCCAAACCUGUGGUGGUGUUGAAGAAACUCUCAGUGGAGCAGAUACAGAGGAUCAUCCGCCACAGCAAGUCUGGGAAGAACCGGCUCUCCUCCGGGAAGUCCUCCAAAAGUGGCAUGGACCCAGCCGUACUCAAAGAGCUACCUCCUGAAUUACUGGCAGAAAUCGAGUCCACGAUGCCUCUGUGUGAAAGAGUGAAGAUGAACAAAAGGAAACGAAGCACAGUCAAUGAGAAGCCAAAAUAUGCUGAAGUCAGCUCAGACGAGGAGAGGGACGGGGAAUCUGCUAAAAAACGGCAGCGGAGAGACAAGGACCGGACGUGGGAUUUUGAGGAGAGGGAGCGACGUCAUUCUGGGGAGCAUCGGAAAAGUGGACAACGCGACAGUCGCAGAGGGUCUGGCAGCCGCUACAGAGACUCAUCAGAUGAAGACUCUCCUCCUCCUCCACCCAGCAUGAGUGAAGUCGCCAGAAAAAUGAAGCUGAAAGAAAAGCAGAAGAAGAGGAGAGCGUAUGAACCGAAGCUGACCCAGGAGGAGCUGAUGGACUCCUCCACCUUCAAGAGGUUUUUAAACAGCAUCGACAAUAUCCUGGAGAAUCUGGAGGACGUGGACUUCACUGCUAUGGCUGGAGACGAUGAUGAAAUCCCUCAGGAACUGCUGCUCGGGAAACAUCAGCUCAACGAACUGAGCAGUGAAUCGGCCAAGAUCAAGGCCAUGGGCAUCACAGGGAGGAUCCCUUCAGACAAACUGGUGAAGUUGCUGAACAUACUGGAAAAGAACAUUCAGGACGGGUCUAAACUGGCCACUCUUAUGAACCACGACCAGGACGCAGAGGAUGAAGAGAAACUGUGGAGGGAUUUGAUCAUGGAGAGAGUUACUAAGUCUGCAGACUCCUGUUUAACUGCUCUGAACGUGAUGACGUCGUCUCACAUGCCCAAAGCCGUGUACAUCGAGGACGUGAUUGAACGAGUGCUUCAGUACACCAAGUUUCACCUGCAGAACACACUGUACCCACAGUACGACCCCGUCUACAGAGUCGACCCACACGGAGGCGGCCUGUUGAGCUCCAAAGCCAAACGAGCCAAAUGCUCCACCCACAAACAGCGGGUCAUCAUCAUGUUGUACAACAAAGUCUGUGACGUCGUGAGCAACAUCUCAGAGCUCCUGGAAAUACAGCUGCUCACAGACACCACUAUUCUGCAGGUUUCUUCAAUGGGAAUCACGCCCUUCUUUGUGGAGAACGUCAGUGAGCUGCAGCUUUGUGCCAUUAAAUUAGUGACAGCUGUGUUUUCACGCUAUGAGAAACAUCGACAGCUCAUUUUGGAGGAGAUUUUCACGUCUUUGGCUCGACUGCCCACCAGUAAACGAUCUCUCAGGAACUUCAGACUGAACAGCUCGGACCAGGAUGGGGAGCCGCUGUACAUUCAGAUGGUGACCGCUCUUGUUCUGCAACUUAUUCAGUGUGUGGUCCAUCUGCCCAACGACAAAGAGACGUUUGAUGAGAUCGACAGCAAAGUGGAUCAAGACGUGCUGAUCACAAACUCGUAUGAAACAGCCAUGAGGACCGCACAAAACUUCCUUUCCGUCUUCCUCAAAAAGUGUGGUAGCAAACAAGGUGAAGAAGAUUACAGACCGUUGUUUGAAAACUUUGUCCAGGAUCUUCUGUCCACAGUGAACAAGCCCGAGUGGCCCGCUGCAGAGCUGCUCCUCAGUCUGCUCGGGAGGCUACUGGUUCACCAGUUCAGCAAUAAGCAGACUGAGAUGGCUCUGAGGGUGGCGUCGCUGGACUACCUCGGCACUGUCGCUGCUCGUCUCAGAAAGGAUGCGGUCACCAGCAAAAUGGACCAAAAAUCAAUCGACCGCAUUCUGGAGGAGACUCCGGGUGACGAUGAGACGCAGCAGCUGCAGAAGGCUCUUCUGGAUUAUCUGGAGGAAAAUGCAGAAACAGACGCCUCCCUGGUGUUUGCGAGGAAGUUCUACAUCGCUCAGUGGUUUCGAGACGCUACGACAGAGGCUGAGAAGUCAAUGAGGAGCCAGAACUCCAAAGACGAGGAUUCUUCUGACGGACCUCAACACGCCAAGGAGAUCGAGACGACCGGCGAGAUAAUGCAGCGAGCUGAGAAACGCAAGAAGUUUCUGCGUAACAUCAUCAAGACUACACCAGCCCACUUCACCACACUCAAAAUGAACUCUGACACUGUGGACUACGAGGACUCCUGUCUGAUUGUGCGAUAUUUGGCCUCCAUGAGGCCGUUUGCCCAGAGCUUUGAUAUUUAUUUAACACAGAUUUUGAGAGUCCUUGGAGAAAGCGCCAUUGCUGUCAGGACAAAAGCCAUGAAGUGUUUGUCUGAAGUUGUGGCGGUGGACCCCAGUAUUCUGGCUCGGUCUGACAUGCAGCGCGGGGUUCACGGGCGUCUGAUGGACAACUCCACCAGUGUGAGGGAGGCGGCUGUGGAGCUACUGGGGCGGUUUGUGCUGAGCAGACCUCAGCUCACGGAGCAAUAUUAUGACAUGCUCAUCGAGAGGAUACUGGACACCGGCAUCAGUGUGAGGAAAAGAGUGAUCAAAAUCCUCAGAGACAUUUGCCUGGAGCAGCCCAAGUUCAGUAAAAUCACAGAGAUGUGUGUGCGGAUGAUCAGGAGAGUCAAUGACGAGGAAGGAAUCAAGAAACUGGUGAACGAGACAUUCCAGAAGCUGUGGUUUACUCCAACUCCAGCCCACGACAAAGAAACUAUGACGAGGAAGAUUCUGAACAUCACAGAUGUGGUGGCGGCGUGUAAAGACACUGGCUACGACUGGUUUGAGCAGCUUCUACAGAAUCUUCUGAAAUCUGAAGAGGAUGCCUCGUAUAAACCUGCCAAAAAGGCCUGUGUGCAGCUGGUGGACAAUCUGGUGGAGCACAUUCUCAAAUAUGAGGAGUCUCUCUCAGAUAACAAAGGAGUAAAUUCACAGAGGCUGGUGGCGUGCAUCACCACGUUAUACUUGUUCAGCAAGAUUCGAGCUCAGCUCAUGGUGAAGCACGCCAUGACAAUGCAGCCGUAUCUGACCACCAAGUGUAAUACUGCCAAUGACUUCAUGGUGAUCUGUAACGUGGCAAAGAUCUUGGAGCUUGUCGUGCCUCUGAUGGAUCACCCCAGUGAGACAUUUCUGGCCACAAUAGAAGAAGACCUGAUGAAGCUGAUCAUUAAAUAUGGCAUGACGGUGGUGCAGCACUGUGUGAGCUGUCUGGGAGCUAUCGUCAACAAAGUCACUCACAACUACAAGUUUGUGUGGGCUUGCUUCAACAGAUUCUACGGUGCACUUAACAAACUGAAGAGCCAGCACCAGGAGGACCCCAACAGCACCACUCUAGUGGCCAACAAACCCUUCCUGCUGCGGUCGCUCUUCACUGUGGGGGCUCUGGCUCGACACUUUGACUUUGACCUCGAGGAGUUCAAGGGGCCCACCAAGGUGAUCAUCAAGGACAAAGUGUUGGAGCUGCUGUUGUAUUUCACCAAACACGACGAUGAAGAGGUCAAGACAAAAGCCAUCAUUGGCCUGGGGUUUCUGGUCAUCAUGCACCCCAGUCAGAUGUUCAUGCCUGAGGUGAAGACUUUGUACAACGGGAUCCUCGCUGAUUCAAACUCCUCCAUCAACCUGAAGAUCCAGAUCCUGAAGAACCUGCAGACGUAUCUCCAGGAAGAGGACACGAGGAUGCAGGAAGCAGACCGCGAAUGGAAGAAGUUGUCCAAACAGGAGGACCUGAAGGAGAUGGGGGACAUCUCCUCUGGGAUGAGCAGCUCUAUAAUGCAGCUGUAUCUGAAGCAGGUUUUGGAGGCGUUUAACCACACUCAGUCCAGCGUCAGACACUACGCUCUCAACGUGAUCGCGCUGACGCUAAACCAGGGUCUGAUCCACCCUGUGCAGUGUGUGCCCUACCUCAUCGCCAUAGGAACAGACCCAGAAGCCACAAUGAGGAACAAGGCCGACCAGCAGCUCGUGGAGAUCGACAAGAAGUACACCGGCUUCAUUCACAUGAAGGCGGUGGCGGGGAUGAAGAUGUCGUACACGCUGCAACAAGCCAUCAGCUCCUCGAGAAAAGCCAUAAUCCGCGGGUUCAGACAGGACGAGACUCACUCGGCUCUAUGUGCUCACCUCUUUACCAUGAUCAGAGGAAACCGACAGCAUCGCAGAGCCUUUCUCAUCGCUCUGCUCAACCUCUUUGACGACAGCGCGAAGACGGAGGUGAACAUGCUGCUGUUCGUCGCAGAUAACUUGGCCUGUUUCCCAUAUCAGAGUCAGGAGGAGCCUCUGUUCAUCAUGCACCACAUCGACAUCACUCUGUCUGUGUCUGGAAGCAACCUGCUGCAGACCUUCAGAGAGCUUCUGUUAAAGGAGCCCAAACGCAAAGAGAGGAAGGUGAAAAAGGAGUGGAGGACCGCGUCGGACGGAGAGGACGACGAGGAGAAGAUGAACUGCGACUCCUCCAGAAGCGAAAACAGCGAAAGUGACGAAGACGAAGACCGGGGAGAAGUACGGAGGCCUAAAAAGUCCAGUAAACGCGGCGCUCCGGGCGGCAAUUCCGAAUCCGACUCAGACCUGGAGGAUCUGGACGUGGAAGACGUGGAAAAAGUGAUGAGGCGUCUCCCGGACAACCCCAUCGGACUUCUGGACUUCGCCAACGCUGUUCAGGGAAUUCUGUUACUGUUGGUGCUGAAGCAACAUCUCAAGAACCUGUACGGCUUCUCCGACAGUAAAAUCCAGAAGUAUUCGCCCACGGAGUCGGCCAAAGUGUACGACAAAGCCGUCAACAGGAAAAACAACAUCUUCUUUCAUCCGCGACAAACCAUCGACUUCAUCUCCAACAACAUGGCCCACGCCACCCUGACGGAGGACAUGAAGAGGAGGAUAGUCAAGCAGUACCUCGAUUUCAAGGUUCUGAUGGAGCACUUGGACCCGGACGAAGAGGACGAGGAGGGCGAAGCGUCGGCCAGUGCCAACAUCAGAAACAAAGCCAUAAACGCUCUUCUGGGCAGCUCCAGUACCGUCCUGUGCGGCCCCAGCCCCAGACACCAGGGCCCGGGACCAGAGACGGACGACGACGACAGCGAGGGCGAGGAGCGAACGCCAGGGUCUUCUCGAAAAUCCAGACGUGGGGACGCGGACCCGGGCCGUAUGAGCGAGACGGUGGAGGUGAUGGACGUUAUCGCUCUGCACUGCCCCAAAUACAAAGACCGGCCGCAGAUCGCCCGCGUGGUUCAAAAGAGCUCGCACGGCUACACGGUCAACUGGAUGGCGGGCUCCUACUCCGGGCCGUGGGUGGAGGCGAAAAAACGCGAUGGACGCAAACUCGUGCCUUGGGUGGACACUAUAAAGGAAUCGGACAUUAUUUACAAAAAGAUUGCCUUGACCAGCAACCAUAAACUGAGCAACAAAGUGGUACAGACUUUACGGUCGUUGUAUGCGGCGCGGGAAGGCGGGGCUAGCUAAUAGUCCCUGCUGUGUGCUGUUGUUUUGUUUUUUUUUGUUUGUACUUUUCCAGACCCCAUCCCAAGCUCCUCAGCCACGCCAAACUUCACUGGAUUCCUCCCCCUUCUCCCUUCCUCAUUUUGUAACGGGAGAGAUUUGACACUACAUACUUUUACACGAGUUAUUCUUGCAAAAAGACUAUUCUAAAGAGGGACUGCUUAUGUUGUGUCCGUGUAAAGUGCAGAUUAGAAGAAGGAAUCCGGAGGCGUUUAAGGAAAAAUUGAGCCGAGGAAAAGCGUUCCAGACUGAUACCAGAGGAAAUGUUUCGUCGACAUUGUAGUGGGAGCUCCUUCGCUGUUGUGCAGCAGAUUCUAGUCCUUCAUUUCUACUCCCACUGUAUUAUAGUUUAACACAACAAAACGAAAAUGUUUAUAUCUGAAGAUAAAAAAUCUGUAAAAAAAAGAAUAAAACCUUAAGUGAAUGUUGGAAA